UGGAUUUUAUCCUUGCACCCCUAUUGAUUGGCAUCGCCCGAAAAUCCGGACAUGCGCAGAAGGGUGCACGUGUUCAUAAACAAAUUUUGGCGAACAGUGGCAAAGAAAGUAGAUGCACCGAUGACUUUAUAGCCAUUCUAACUCUUCUCACCCACUCAGGUAGUUACAACUGGGCUCAAGCUUUUUAACAUGGGGACUGAAACUAACAAAGAGGAAAGGAACACGCCGGAAUAUCUCGCACAACUACUAAAGGAUAAGAAACAGAUACAAGCAUUUCCAAAUGUAUUUCACCACUUAGAAAGAAUCCUUGACGAAGAAAUUAACAAAGUACGGGUUUCAUUAUUCCACAUAAAUGGGGUCAAUAAAGAUUCACUCACAUUGCCACCACCAGAGGGCCCCGUUGUCACAAUGUCAGAGAAACUAUAUGUACCACUUAAAGAUCACCCAGAUUUUAAUUUCGUGGGUCGAAUAUUAGGUCCACGAGGGAUGACCGCAAAGCAGCUAGAACAAGACACAGGAUGUAAAAUCAUGGUACGAGGCAAAGGAUCAAUGAGGGACAAAAAGAAGGAAACAGAAAAGUUUGACAAACCCAACUGGGAACAUUUACGCGAGGACCUUCACGUGCUUAUCACAGUGGAAGACACGUCAAACAGGGCUGAAGUUAAACUACAAAGAGCAGCCGCAGAAGUCAGGAAACUCCUUGUGCCCGCAGCUGAGGGAGAGGACAACUUAAAGAAACUGCAGCUUAUGGAACUAGCUAUUCUUAAAGGUACUUACAGAGACAAAGCAGCUCAAAUGGUAUCUCAACAAGCUGCUCCCCGUCUUCUGGCGCCAACUUCAGUGCUCCAGCUACCACAGUCAAUAAGAAACCCCAACCCUGCAGGGGCGCCCAUCUUGCUCACAUCGCCACGACUGCCUACACCCCAGAUACCCACUUCAUCGGGGCUCAUGGGAGGUCCCCCACCAUUGGUGUCACCGGCCGAGUCCGGUCUACUCUACAACCCAUAUGAUUACCCAUACCAGUUGGCUACUUCUCCAGGCCAAUUUAUAGACUAUGCACAGGCGGCUCAAGCUCAGGCCCAAGCUCAAGCCCAGAUUCAACAGACUGCUGAAGUUAUGGGUGCUAUGCCUAAAGUAAGACGGGAACUGGCCCAAGUACGUCACAACCCCUAUGCACGGGUUACAUUAUGAUCUGUUUAAGCAGGUUAGUUGAACUGUAUUUUGGACUGGACGUACCGUCGCAGUUAUACAUCAAGAAAAAACUUACUACGAGUUUGUAUUUUGUGACACCCGAGAUGUUUUUGUUUGAUGUAUAUUUGUGACCGAACGUCUAUGUUGUAUUAUAUGUAUUAAUAAAUUGCUGAAAGUUUUUGAACUGAAGAGAAAUUUUUCUGGUGAGAUUUCAGUGUUUUUAAGCGUAAGAAAUCGCCAGGACGUGUUUCCCUUUGUUCAUAUCUUACGGCAUAUUUCUUUUUCAUAUGUAUGUAGGCACAAGCAUUAUAAAGGGUCAUUAUGUUCAAAUCUCUCCCUUUUAUAAUUCUAAUGUCUCUAACUUAAGAUGUUGCAAUAAAUCGUUAUCCAGUUUCGCGACCUUGACCUUCCUCCAAAUAACUAGUCAAAACGAGGUCACGGAUGGAAAAUUUGAUGCAGCUGGUGUUAUAUUCCCAGAGCAAUAAUAGUUUAGAAUCCGGGAAAAUUUAUAGACUAUAUAACAAGAAUUGUUAUGACGUGUACAUAGUGAUGUUGUCUGGUCACAUUUGGUGGUGGUAGGGCACGGGGGUCUCCUUAUGGGGUGUCUUGUUACAUUACACAAAUUAUAAAUUUCUGUAAAUCAAAUUAUUGCAGCAUCUUAGAUAAUGAAUUUACAGGAUCGGAUAAAAAUUAUAUUUGAAAAAGACGUUAUUCUUGACUUUUUGAAAUCGGGAUAUGUUUUAGUGUUAUUUCCCGAAAAUAUACUACAAUGUGCAUAUAAUCAUGAAGCAAUGCUCCUAAUAGUUUUUAUACUCAAAUUUUUAUCGGAGCAUAAUAUCAGAAAGGCAGAUGCCGUAAUACACCAAAGGACUUUUCGAUUCUUCAUUUUUAUAUUUGGAAUGAUUUAAUUAAGUAAAGAGCAUAUGCACGACAGUGAAACACAUAAAGGACAUUCAUUACAUAUGCAUAAUAUAUAUAUACAGUUAUGUAUGCAUAUUUUAUGACGAUUGACUUAUAUAUUUUUACUACAUUGCUAUUUUAUAUAUAUCCAGUGAAAUAUUGUACUGUAUAGUAUAGAGUUUUUGAAAAUAUGAAAAAUAUUUGCUCAGAGAUGUUCAAAGUUUUGAGAUCUUUACAUGACAAAUUUUCUGUAUAUUUUGCUAUGAUAUCAAAGUAAAGGAAUUGUAAGAAAGCCAACUGGCCAUGUUUUGUAUAUAAUAUGGAUAUUACAUGUGCAUUACUUAAAAGCAGUGCAUUAUUUUGAAGCAGUGCAUUAUUAUAAAGAAGUGCAUUAUUAUUAGAUAAAGAAUCUGAGUUUUACAUAUAUCAGGGUGAUACGCCCAAAUAAGGCUAGGUUUUAGUCGAAAUGUUAAAAACAGAUAUGUUAUAUGUAUAUACAAAAAGUUAUGCACUUGGAAAAAUAAAAAAAUCAUAGUAAAAAAUCAAAUAUUUUGAGCUAUUAUAUAU